ACUCAGCUCACUGCUGUCCAGCUGCUUGAUCGCUUCCCGUCGGGCCCGCGAUGGCGGAUGAGGACGCGCUUGCCGCUUUCGUGGCGGAGCAUGAGGAUUUGGAGUUCAAGUCCGACGGCAGCGGCAAGGUGUGCGUGAAGAGCACGGGCCACGAGAUGCCGCCGCGCCUGGAGGUGGUAAAGAUCUACGUGAACGGCGCCAAGUACAAGAAGGCGCGUGAGUGGUACAGCUUCGACUUCAGCAAGUUCGAGCCGUACAUCAUUCCGCAUGAGAAGCAGAAGAAGUUCCUCUACUGCACCGUGACCGGGACCACUCUGCCCAUGGUGCCCCAGAAGGUGGAGCGGCAUGUGGAAAGCAAGCGCUACAAGGAGCUAAUGAAGCUGAAGGAGGAGCAAGAACAGAAGAGGGUGGCGAAGCUGGACAAGAAGAAACGCCUUAGGACGUCGGCCAAGGCGUCGGCCAAGGCGUCGGCCAAGGCGUCGGCCAAGGGCUUGAAGAAGAAAAGCACGCCUGCUAAGGAAGAUUCGAAACAAGGCGAAGCCAAGGUUGGGAAGAAGCCUCCUCGCAGCAAGCUCCUGAAGAGGAAAAAGGACAUGGGAGGAGGCGAGGGCCAGCCGCAGGCGGGCAAGAAGCCCAAAGGCCUGGAGCAGAAGCCAUGAGCUGGCACCCAUGAAAAGCGAGCGAGCGGAAG